CCACAAUGCGCGUGCGCAAAUUCUGUCUGUUUUUUUUUUUUUCACACAUUUCCAUCACUGAAGAAAGAACCACGAAACGCCAAAAAGAGACACACGCGCGCACAUACACGUAGUAAGCGGGUACUCUGCAGUGGUAUCAAGACAAUUUGCUUUCUACAAGAUUAUAAUUUUGCUUAAUAAGCUUCGUAAGGGAAGCGCCCCUCCGAGAGAAUUCGUGAUAGUGUCGCAUGACGAUUCCGUACGGCACGUGAACAUCUGCAUGCUUGCAGUUAUGUGCUUCCAUUGUGAGAAUACAAGUGCUUUAUGGUGAUAAUAUGUCAAAAUCAAACAUAAGGAAGAUAACGGCUGACCCUACGAAAUGUAAUAUAGACUCUUCUCGACGGCCGAGCGUGUUUGAGAGGUUGGGCACCAAACCAGCAAUCGCCACCAACGCCGCUCAGAAUACAUCGGAUUACUGUAGAAAUUGGGCACUCAACGGCAGUUGUUCUUACGGAAAGAAUUGCAAAUACGCAAAUACUCAUACGUUAAUAAGCCCGUCCAAGCGUGCUAAGAAGGAUAAUGCAAUCGCAAACGCAUCAUCGCACAUCGAAGAUCCAUUCAAACGGCUUACUUCGAAGAUUGUAAAAAAGGCGUCGCACAGUCCAGACUUGAAUAUAGAAGAGUGGAAUCAAACGGAUCUCGAGUACGAAGACGAGAAGGCAUUGGAGAAACGGCGGCAGUUGUUACAGCGAGAAUUGGAAUUACAAAUGAAGAAGGAUAAGGAAGUACAUGGCAAGGAUAAAAUAAGACAGAAGAAAAAAGCUAUGAGCUCGUCUUCCAGUUCACAUACUUCUAGCACAUCUAGCAGUAGCAGCAGCUCCAGCAGCGAAGAUUCGUCUUCCACAUCUACAUCAGAUUCACGAAAGAAGAUCAAGAAAAUUAAGACUAAGAGACAUCACAAUGCUUCUAUUGAUUACAGCGAGGAUAAAGAGAAGAAAAGAAAAUUAAAGCUCAAAAGGCUGGGAACAAAAAAUGACAAAGCUGUAAGCAAGAAGAAACGCAAGCUCGACAGCAGUUCCGCGAAGAAAGAUCUUACGGCGAGAUCUGUGAAAAAGCAUGGUUCGUCUUCUGCGUCGAGGAAGCAUUCCAAUUCCUUACACGCUAGAUCGCCCACGAGUCAGCAAGGAUCUUCAGGCGGGGUUGCGUCUACGUCAGCGAUAGUUUUAGGAUCGUCAGUUUCUGUUGCGCAUCACGCAUCGUCCAACAAGAUCCGCGAGAGAAACAGAAGUGAGUCGCCGAAAUCAAUAAAACCCAAUCGAGAGAUGGAUAAAGAGGAAAGCAGACAUUACAAGAAGGUGCGUGACGCGGACGAGUGUCUCUCCAAAGACACUGUCAAGUGCAAGUCAUUAGAUAAAAUCAAGGAACAGCAAGACAAGGAAAAGACCCGUGCGAUCGAUGAAAAGAUCAAGUCGGACGACAGGCAGAGAUCUAAGUGUAAAGACAAAGAUGUGCAUUCGCGUACGCCGCCUCUACCCUCGUCAUCAGAAAGAUCGUCCAAACAUCAACACGUCAAGGAGAAUGCAAAGACGCGACGCAGUCGGACGCCUGAUAAGGCACCGUCGAGAUCGAGGCGCGAUCUCACUCCGAUCAAAAAUGCAGAAAAGCAAAAUAACUCGUCGAAUCGCGCGAGAGAUGCGGAGAAGAAAGAACGCGAUUCUCACAAGAGAGACAAGAGCAAGGAACGAGAGGAUGUGAGAAAGAGCGAGCCGAGUUCUUCCAACAAGGCGAAGCAGACAGCACUUCCGACCCAAGACGAGAGUUAUCGCAGAAGCAAGGACAAUUUCGACGAGAAGACCUACAGCAGUGAAAAACCGCGACAAAAGAGUCGCGAGCGUCAACGCGAGAAAGAGACAAGAGAGAACGAGCGUUAUUCGAGGCUUCCUCGCGAUCAGCGACAGGAACCUCAGCGCGAGAAAGAUAAGGACGAGUCUCAAGAGCGUUGCCGUAACGAGAGACAACGGGAACGAGAUCGCGAUAGAGAUCGCGAUCGCGAGAGAGAACGCGAGCGCGACAGAGAGAGAGACAGAGAUCGCGACCGAGACCGAGAACGUGACCGUGAACGGGAGAGAGACAGGGAGAUACGUGAGAGGGAUCGUGACCGAGACAGAGAAAGAGAGAAGCCCAUGAAGUCGCGAGAAAGGGACGUGUCCACGGUGGUGUCGUCAUCCACGUUGAGCUUAUCGGUAGAUAAAAACUCGCGUUACAGCAGCAGGACUAAGGAACGAUCGUUGACUAAGGAUGCGUUUGAAAAAAGCAGCGGGACUCGCGAGCGCAGCAGGAGCGACCGCGAGCGAGAACGGUCCGAGACGAAAGCGCUCGCCGAGCGUGAACGGAAUUCCACGCAGUCACGUUUAGAGGGAAGAUAUGAACGAAGCGGUGUGGUUGAGAAAGAUGCAUCGUCGAGUCGCAGUAAGUCGAGCGUGAAUUCGCCGCGGGAUCGCAUGGAUCGUUUUCGAGAGACAUCCUUGGAUCGCGCGUCUUUGCACGACAAAGGCGGACACACUGUAACGUCAUCAAGCGUACAAUCGGCUGCGCCGUUGUCUACGAUACCGUCUACCUCGUCUUCCUCGUCAGCGACAGCCGCGGCACCUGCUCUGUCAUCGUCUCGCGAUCAUCUGAUAGACAUGGUGGAUGGUCACUACGACAGGGAUCGGCACAGGAGGUUUGGCGUGAGAUACGAGCGAGGACACACGUCGGAACACACUACUAGAAAAGACCAAACGCGAAUUGAAUCGAGCCGCGUUCCGAAUAAGAUCGAUCGGAUAGUGGAUCGUCGAGAUGCAACUAGUCCACGACGCGCUAUAGAAGUGGACAGGAACUUUGGUAGAAACUACGGCAGAAUGCCGGAGCACUGGGAUGAGCAAGAGGAGUCGUCGUCUCACGUGGAAUAUCGCGAGCACGCUCAUAUUCACGAGGAAGACAGGAGAAAAACGAUCGAAGGAAGAAGGUAUGACAGUCCUUUUGAAGAGAGACGCGUUGCUCGCGAAGAACGUCCUAGGGAAUCGAGGUACGUGAUUCAGGCACCGGAGCGGACUGCUUUCGACGAUCAUCGUCAUCAUCACCAUCAUCAUCGACAUCCUGUGUAUCCUAACGAAAAACUGAGACCAAGUGGAACUGGUACCAGAGAGGAGACCAUUUCUAACGAUGAUUGGGAGGGACAUCAUCGCGAUGUUGAGCAUGGUCGAGACCGAGGUUAUCCAGCAGUGGAAUGGGAGGAACGAGAAUGGCGAACGAGAACUUUAUGGGAAGGCAGAGACAGUCUUCCUCGUUCGGAAACACACGACGACGAGUGGAAUUCCCGAUACGACAAUUCCAUAACCGACUGGAAGCCCAACGAUGUACGCAAGUGGGACAAUCAGAAAGUUCACGUUCGAUCGCAUUACAGGAAGGAACGUUCGAAGGAGAUUGGAGAAUCUGUACAACAUAGCAAACGAAGGUCGUAUAAUGUGCCAGAAACAAGAGAAGAGCCGGUGAUUCAUCCCUCUGCUAAACAGGCUGCUAUUUACGGUAGUAUGAAAGAAGAACCUAUCAAUAAGAAACUGAUGGAACUUGCCGAAGGGAGAUUGUGCACAACCACCACUAGAGAAAAGUCCACCGAUAGUUUCCAGAAAAAGACCUUGCAGAAGGAGAAGCCGGAAAUCAAGGAACCUGUUGUGACGGAACCGAAACGUCCUGUUACCGAUGAAUCCUUACAAACUCUCCACACUGAGAGUGAUUUAAGUGACAUUAGCGACGAUCCUGACGACAUACUUAACAUGGAAGAAGAUAUUGCGGACAUGGAAAGUACAGCACGAACAAAUAAAAAAGUUCCGGAAGUUGCGAGCCGUGAUGCACAGCCGACUACACAAGAGCCGACUCAGGGGUCUCCAAAAGAGUCUGCAGAAGAAGCUAUCUUUAGUUCAAAACCUAAGGAUAAUGCCGAUACGGUGUCAUUGAAAAACAUGGAAGACGAUAACAUGGAAACAAUGGAUUUCGAAGAAAUAUCUGACGGCGAGCUGGAAGAGGAUAUCAAAACGAGCGGCAAAGGAUUAGGUGAUGCUCUGGGUGUUGAUUGGGAGUCUCUCGUGAAGGAAACGCAAGCGAGAAGAACCGUAUCGUCUAGUCAAGAUUCCACGGAGAAUCGAUGGCAGUGCAAAGCUAUCUUUUAUAGAAUUGGUAUAUCCAAAAAAUAUGCGGGCGAAGAUUUUGUAAAUAAAUUGCUUGCAAAAUAUGAGAAAAGUGAUCAUAAUAAAUUAUUACUUGAUGACGUUGCGCUAAUGCACACGGCACUUGCACGAAAUCGUAUGCUGCAGGACUUAGGUAAUGGUGUAAUACACGCCGUAGAUGAUUCCUUGUACAGAAGUAAUAAUGCAGGUUACGACGAGGACGUGGACUACGAUUGGGAAACGUUGAAACCAAGUGCCGCUUUACAAGAAGAAAUAAAAUGCCUGUUACAAGAAGUAUAAAAGAAACAAGAUUUAUCCUAUUAAAUUUAAAUAUUUAAAAUUGUAAUUGACAAUUUUUUUCUAUACACAAAUUACAUCAGUAUAUUUCUCACUAUAUAUGUGCACGUUCCGAAUCCGUAUAUACAUAUAUACCGUACAUACAUAUAUCUACAUAUAUGUACGUAUAUAUAAGAUAUCAGUGUAUGUAAAAUAGAUUAUCUGUGUCGACUGUGUCUGAUUUCUCAUCAUAACAAUUUCUAUCAUCGCGGUUUCUCGCAAGCUGAUCUAAUCAUAAAAAAGAAAAAUCUUCAGUUUUUAUAUGGAUAUUUUAUUUUCGAUGAAAAACCGUCGAUAUGUUUUGGGUUAAUUUUAAUCGUGAGUGAUGAACUUGCACUUUUUUGAUAGAAUUUCCCUAUAUUUGUUUUUGUUUAUACAAUGUACAUACGCAUAUAUAUAUACAUAUAUAUAUAUAUAUAUCAAUCCAGAGAUUAUAAUGCAAUUAUUUUGAGAUUGAUUUUGCAUUAAUCACUUCUGCGAACACAGGCCGCACCGAUGUCAUUUUGUAGUAUACUCCUUGCCUUUCCUAACAGGCGUUCAUUAAUCUAUAAAAAAAAAAAAAAA